AUUUAGUAUCAGGGGGUGGACCUAUCAGCUGUUUAUAAGGACCGUAGGCUACGGACUUCAUUCAGCGCGAUACAGCGACGAUAAGGAUUAUACGCAUACUUGACUGUAAUAAGAAAUUAUCCUUGAACAAUCAACUACCCCGUUACGGACAAGAUUUCCGAGGUUUGACACUAUGGAUCUGUUCAUCAAAUUCUUGAAUGGGCAAACGCUCAGAUUGUCAGUGGAACUGAAUACAACCAUCGAGAAACUGAAGAACCUGAUCCAAAUCAAACAAGGCACACCUAGCGCCAGACAGCGCCUAUCUGUGCAGAAUGGCCAGAGAAGAGACCUGACUGAUGAGUCCAGAACACUGGCGGAGUAUGGGGUGCGCUCGGGGUCUACAGUUAUCGUGCUGGUAACCGAGCCUGGUCCCAUACAGGUGUUCCUGAAGACAGUAAAUGGUACGAUACAUACUUAUGAAAUCACUCCAGGUGAGACGGUGUCGGAGUUCAAGAGGAAAGUCUUCAAUAAGGAGCGUGUCGCUGUUGACCAACAAAGGCUUAUCUACGAGGGAAGGCAGAUGGAAGACGGCAAGAAACUGGAGGACUAUGAUGUUACGAAUGAGAGCACCAUCUUUCUCACUCUGCGUCUGAGAGGAGGCUAACAAGGAGGAAGGAAUGAUUUUGCUAAGGCAUUAAUCUAAAAUACUACAGUUUUAAUAACAUUUAAUCAGUCUGGUGGAGAUAACAGUUGACUCAAGACAUUUGUUAACAGUAAAGUAAAGUUGUUUGGGCAAAAGAGAUUAAAUGAUGUCUUUUCGGUCCAUUUCAGUCAACGGAAAAUUUUAUUUAUGAUCUGUGAAAAUCUUUGAAUGUUAGCAAACUGCUGAGCAUUUCAGUGUUAUUAGGCCUAUUUCUAGCCUGUUUAAUACUGUUCUACAUCUAUUUUAUUUUUUUUUCUUUGUGAAGUACGUACCACAACCACACUGGUCAUGUUUUAGGUCUGGAAAAAAAUGCAUAAAACGUAAUUUUCCUUUAGUAUUCUGCACUUAUUACAUAUUCCCAGAAACCGAUGACAUACGUAGGUAUCACACAUUUAACCAGAACUGCAGAUGCUGGAUGUGAAUGAGAGCACCAUCUUCCUCACUUUGCAUCUGAGAGGAGACUAAACAAUGAGGAAGGAACGAUUUUGCUAAGGCAUUAAUCUAGAAUGCUGCAGCAUAAAUAUUAUUUAAUCAGUCUGAUACAAAUAGGCCUAAUAACAGUUUUAGUCAACACAUUUAACAGUUCAUAGUUAUUAUUUAAUACUUAAUAUGAAAUAAUGUAAAAACGUAAUUUGGGGGAAAUUUUGUCCUUACAAUCCAUUUAGUAUUAAAUUUGUGCUCUGUGGAAACUUUGGAUAUAAGCAAACAGAUCAGUAAUCCUGCAUUAAUAUUAGAAUAGGGUAUUUAAUACUUGCUUACAUUGUUUGUUGUUGUUCUU